AUACAAGUGUAUCCUUACGAUUUUGUUAUAAAAACGUUUUCAAAUCUUUUGUUUUGCACGAAUGCAAACAGCAAACAAAACAAGCUGGAUUAAUGGCUCUGUCGCGUUGGCAAAUUUUUGAGGUCGGUAUGAGUUGAUUGUGGUCGAAAGAGGAAAAAAACGUUUGCUGUUGACGCAAAUAACACGGGGCUACUUGAUAGGACCAGUUUUGGGCGGUUUGCUUAUGCGAAUAGGCGCACUGUUCUCUGAUUGGUUUGAAGUCGACUUAAAUUCUAUAAGCCCCCACCCACUGUUUUUAUAUAUAAUUGCAGUAGAAUGUGAAGCUUACACGAAACACAAGACAUUCACAGGGUUCACUAGGUGAAAUGGUUGUUCUGGUCAAACCAAGUCCUCAGUUGGGCAGCAAAGCAAUGGAUGGAAAUCAGCACAAAGUUGUGGCCAAUGUUCUGCUGCUUGGAGCAGAAAAUGUUGGGAAGUCAGCCCUCACUGUGCGAUUUCUCACCAGAAGGUUCAUCGGAGAAUAUGGGGAUAUCGAAUCAAUAUACAGUCAUAUUGACAAAACAGAUGGGCGAGAGAUAGCCUUAAACAUUUGGGACUCACUGUAUCCACAGAGCUGCGAAACAACUGACUCCAUCAGUGACAAGCAGCUGCAGUGGGCAGACGGCGUGAUCCUGGUCUACAGCAUCUGUGAUCGCUCCAGCUUUGAGGUGGUCCGGCAACAGGUGCAGCUCAUCCGGCAGACUAGGAAGCUGCCUGCAUCUGCCCCGAUCAUCAUCGUGGGGAACAAGCAAGACCUGCUGCAUCAGAGAGCCGUGUCGAGCGAGGAGGGCAGACUGUUCGCCCUCUCGGCAGACUGCGGCUUCUUCGAGAUCUCAGCGGCUGAAACCUACCACGGUGUGCUGCUGGUUUUUCACGAAAUCCUGGACCUCAUCAAGGAGUCCAGAGCACUUAAAAAGGGGAUGGUCGGAAUCAUGGGUAUAGUCAGAAGCGUGUCCGCAGUGUUUGGAAAGAAACGAGAAUGAAGAACUGUCGAAGAUGAUGAGCAAGAUGAAGAUAUGGGGCCCCUGGCAGCCUAGCAUCUAAAUAGCUGAGAAGAGGACCCCGGCCGAUGGGUUUUUGGGGCAGAAGGGAGUCACUUUCACCUUAUUAACCUUCAUGGAUGGUGGAAGGAAAAAGAGUAAAAAGAGAGCAUGUUAGAAGUUCAGAGCCCAGCUUUAUGGUGAAGAAAAGUAGAUGAAGUUGGUUACAGCAAGGUGAUAAAAGAUGUGCUGAAGAUAAGUGAUCCUGGGCUUUGAUGCAAGUUGGUCACUGGGUAUGUGUAUCAAAAUGAACCAAGAGACAGCCCGGAUCUGUCGUAGUCCUUGCCAUUUGUCACAGAAUGAUUCUUCAGCUCUGAACAGAUGAUUUAGACAAAUUCGAGUGAGCUUCUGCUUUGGAUUACAGAUGCCUGAAAUGUAGAGAUGGACUGAAUUGUUCCAUUAUGAGUCUCCACUGACAUUUAGAUGUGAAUUAUUAAAUGUGGGAAUUGGGAGGAGACUAUGUGUAGUAAAAUGUAUAUAGAUAUUUUAUGUAUAUAUUGUAAUUUCCAUAAGAAUGUUUCCUGGCUAGUUUCUUUGAGGUUGGUGGUAGUAUAAAUAUUACUCAAGUAAAGGCACGUUCACACCAAGGAUGAUAAUUGUAACUAUAAACCACAGUUAUAAUGAUAGUGACACAUAGGAACAAUUCAGAACAAAUUUUUUUUUCCUGCUGAUGAAAUAUAAAACUAUUGACAUCCAAUCAGAAUUAACAUGACGUAAGCUUGAGCCUUUGUUGUCCUUUGGUGUGUACGACAACAUAGUUACUGUUAAAGUUAUCAUUAUAAUUAUUUCUUGGUGUGAACAGCCUUAAGAACUAAAGAGAUGCCAUUGACAUAUUAUUGACCUGUAUAUACUUUAAUCUUUCACUUUUGUAUAUAAACAUGAUGUAAUUUAGUUGAAGACCUUUUUUGAGAUGUUUUUAAUGCUUGUAUCUAAACGAGGGAUUUCAAUAAAGUGA